AUGACCCAGUCAGUCAUGGUGGGCUGUUUGCAAGGGCCCGCUUCCCUCGAUAGUGCAGGAACAGCCGCCCUUGAUAUUCUUGAGAGAGGUGGGAGGGGCAGCAUGAUACUGGUCUCUCUGAUACACCCCACGCCAACUUCGAGUCUGACCCGUCGAGCUAUUUAUCCAGUGGUGGAUCUACUCGUAGAUGAUCAACUUGCAUACCCUCGCUGCAAGGACUGGACGCUUCUCCUCAUCUACCCCUCAUUAGCCCCCCGAUACCAUCCGCGGUUUGCGCGCGCAUACAAUAAUAUAAGCUCUGUGGCUUACCCUUGA